AUGUACCCCGAUAUCUACCUGCGGGAGAAGCUGGCCGACAUGACCCAGAUCCCGGAGUCCAGGAUCCAGGUCUGGUUCCAGAACAGACGUGCCAAAUCCCGGCGGCAGCGAGGGAAACCUUGCAGCAGUCCAGCAGCUGCGGAGCCUUUCCCUAGCCACAAGGCUCCUGGCAAAAAUGCAUAUCCACCGGUGGGCAUUCAGCAGCACACAUCAAACACGGAGCAGCACAAUUACUUCCAAGCCCCCGUGGGCCCUUCAGGGGUUGCCUACGCUAACCAGCCUCACUUUCCCAGCAAUCAUUCAAGCACUAGCGUAAAGGCUCCGGAGGAUCAUCAACCUCAUUACGCGCUGUCGGGAGUAGCCCAGAUCAUUCAGAUAAAAGAGGAAAACGCGGGACCCUACAAGUGGCCCUCCAAAAUGCCCUUCCAGCCUGGGCUUGGGGUGGAUUUUGAGAGUGUCCCUCCGAAUAGGACUAUCGGACCUGAAAUGAAUUUUCUAGUGCCCUCCCUGCCCCUUUCAGCCGGUGCGAGUAGACAUGGCGGUAUGGGGAAGCUGUGUGGUCCUCACGCCCAAACGCCCCAGAUUAUGUGUGGACAAUAUUCGCCCGUCUCUGAUGCAGAAGACACCAGCGGCUAUUCCGAGUCCGGUUCAGAGUGGGAGGAGAGCACCUUAACUGCCUUCAGAGGAAUCUGAAGAAACCAUUCAAGAUCCGCGCGGGGGUUGGGGGAAGGCAAAAGGAAAUAUGUUUAAAAGUCAAUUUUUAAGCAACGUUUUGUAAUCCUAGAGUUUUAAAAACGGCGAAUUUGUAUCUUUUAGAGUGAUAAAAAUGUCUUGUAAGUCACAGGUCCCUUAUGAAAAAGGCAUUUAUUUGUGAGCUCAGGUGUCUGGCAAACAAAACUGCUCACCUGGUCUAAUUUUAAUCAGUCAGACAACCGCCACCUAAGCAAAACUAUUUUACUCAGGAAAGGGAGACAUGGCAAGAAUUAAGUCCGUGCUCGUGCCUGUGAAACAAGUAGAAAGCAAUUUCUUAGUUUCCUUAUUUUUAAAUAACUUACAGAUAAACAACACUUGUUUGGUUUUUUGACUUGUAGCCUAAUAGGCAAAGGGGAGUGACUCGCACAACUCCGUAUCUUGUUUACACAAAGCCACUGAGAACGCCACUGGUGAAGAGGGAAGCUGGAGGUUACCGUAAUCCUAGAACUGGUACAAUUCCCUCUCACCUCUCUUCCUAAAAGUUUCCUAGCAGCCGUUGAAUAACAUGUUGCAGAAUGCCUGUCUUUCACUGAACCCUAAGAGGUUCCUAAAACUCCUUGCUGCCAGGCGGGAGGGAGUGAGUCACACCCAGGAUCACUGGUUUGUGUAAUAGAUACAUGGAUGUACUGAGCCACUGAAAGCUUCUAAGCGUCUUCGUAGAUCGCUGCACUGUAAUUUAAUCACAAUGUUUUAGAAUUGCACUAUUGAGAGCCAUAUAAGAAUAUGACUGCCUCGUUUUGUGUCAAUAUGACUACAGCUGUGUGUGGGGUAGGGUUAGAAAGGCAAACAGUAUUGAAGAGAAAGUACCAUAUGCAAGGUUAUCUCCUCAGUGUAAUUAAAUGAAGCUUAGUCUUAAAUGUGUAAGAUUUUAGAUUAUUUCAUAGUUAAGAUUAUACCCAAUAUCAACAAAUUUAGGAG